ACCGUCCCCGUAGAGGACGCCGCGCUUCUAAGUAGCUAUACGGAUCGCUACGAACAGCUCAAGCUUGAUCGGACGAAGCAAAGGGAGAAGGCUAUACGGGAAGGUCAGAUGGCAGAUCCGAACCAGCCAACGUCACUGCAGCAAGCCAUUACGCCUGUGGGUACUUGUACAAGUAUGUGUCCAGAAUUCGAACGAGUGGAGCGUAUCGUUCAGAAGAUGGUCGACAAGAGCGAAAAGUACCUGCAUCCUGCCACGAACACCUUACAAAACAUGGAAUUGAAGAUGCUCAAGCGGUUUCGACGAUCGGCCGCCGGUUACGACGCGCAACUUCCGUCCGAUAUCAGAACACCCCAAGCGCUCCUUCAGACUAUGAAUUAUCUCAUCCGGCAUGUUCUUGAUGGCCCUGAACCGCUUGGAUUGAUCCACAAAUUCGUUUGGGAUCGGACUCGGUCAAUCCGCAAUGAUUUUUCCGUGCAACAGGUCACUCAAGAAGACGAUGUCAAGAUUGCUGUGACUUGUCUCGAGCGGAUCGCUCGAUUCCACAUUGUAUCCCUGCAUCUACUUUCUAGCCCGGCUAAUGAGGAACCUUUCGACCGACACCAGGAACGGGAACAAUUGAACAACACAAUGCUUUCGCUAAUGUACUACUACGACGACAACAGAGGCCGCAUCCCGUUCCCCAACGAGGAUGAGUUCCGAGCUUAUUAUAUUCUUUUCUCGAUUCAUGAUCAACGACCUGACUUGGAAUCCCGCGUCCAGAAAUGGCCGGUUGAGCUGAGGAGCUCCCCUCGUGUUCAGAUGGCACUGGAGCUUUUCGCCGCAGCCAGCAAUACAUGGGAAUACCAGGGUACCCUCGAUGCCAAACGCCCCAACGCUAUCGCCCAGGGCUUCUACAUGCGGUUCUUCAACCUAAUAGACUCUCCGGGGGUCUCAUACCUAAUGGCAUGCGUCGCCGAAAUUUACUUCAAUCAUAUGCGUCAGACCGCCAUCCGCUCGAUAUGGAAGGCCUACUGCCGCUAUCCAGCUUCGCAACAACAUAAAAACGAAGAAUGGACGGUGGACGAGCUGACUACGGUUCUUCGCUUCGAUGAUUAUGACCAGACGAUCAAAUUUUGCGAAGAGCAGGACCUCCAGUUUGCCGAAAAUGCAAACGGGGAGCUUUAUCUCAAUUGGGGCACCCGUCCUGUGGAUUCAGUCGCCUUCCAGCCAUCCUCGGACCAUGCAUUUUCAGACACAUACGUCGAAUCGAAGCGCGCAGGUAGAACGCUUCCAGCAAUCAUCCUUGGGCUCAACAUCAAGGAGGCAGCAAAUCUGCAGAUGAUUGACAGUUCUCUCCUGCCGGAACGUGUCCCUGCUCUUCCCGCUCCUCAACCACAUCCUUCGACAAAUGAUGAUUCACUUUUUGUGAGCGACGACGAGAAUCCCUCUGCAUUUCGCUUCACUUCUUCGCACGAAGGAAGCUCCCGAAAUUCCCCGACAUCAACAUCUAGCCUUCAGAACGCUUUUGUAAAUGUUCCACCAGCAGUUAUCAGCACUGAUCCGAGUCGCCCCCCAACUUUCUCAUUCGCCUCACCUUCACCUCAACCACAAGCACCUGAAAAACAGGCGGCCCCUUUCUCGUCCCUUUUCCCUAAUUCUUCCUCUAACGCUUUUGGCGCGCCUUCACCGCUGCCACCAACUCCUUUCGCCACUGGCACCCCACAUUUACCCCAGUCAAGCCAGUCGCAGUCUGGUCUGUCAGCAACAUCGAGCAGUCAGCCGUUGUCGUCGAGCCCGUUUUCGAAUGGCGCUUCGGCAUUCUCGUUGUCUAAGCACCCACAGCAGGAUCAAAGUACGACUGCUUUCCCGUCGGCAUCGGGCAACCAACAGGCUUCUUCGGGCGCGUUUGCUGCGACUACCUCUCCUUUCUCGUUCCCCAAACCUCCUCAGCAGAAUGAAAGCAAUAAGCACGUGUCUAGUACGUCAAACGCACAAAAGGCUUCUUCAAAUUCGUUCUCAUCAACUACUUCGCCUUUCAAUUUCGGACAACCAGCUCAGCCAGAACAGGCUACAGCAGCGUUACCGACAGGAAACAGCCAACAGCCUAUCUUCGCCAGUGUUCAAAGCCCUGGUCAAGAAAAGCAGCAACAACCACCACUCUCCUCCCUUUCAUCUUCUACGCCAUUCAAAUUUCCAACAUCUUUCACUCCUCAGCCCUCUUCGACUUCCCCUUUCAGUACUUCCGUUCCUGCGUCUGCGUCAAAUCCUGUCUUGUCGUCUACCGGGCUGUCCACACCUAGCAUAUUCAGUACUGGUGGUUCAAAGCCUACCUUCGACGGUCUCUCUGGCUCGGGCUUCAGUGCUUCUGUACCAAGCCUGACCUCAGACAAUGCGGCUGCUAAACAGCCUCCGUCCUUGUUUCCCAACCCAUCGGAAGAAACAACCAAGCCGAUAUCUCCUUUCCCUUCAUUUUCUACUCCGAAAGAGACCAAACAACCUAAUACAUCCUUUGCUCAACCACCAGCUGCAAAGUCCGAUGUUUCACCUAAAGAAAAGCAGAGCCUACCGAGCGGUGUAAAAGCCAGUAUCUCAGACAAGCAAUUUGACAAUUCGACGCCGGUGCAGGCUGAUGUACCAGCUGUCUCCGUCUCAGAAAAGGAGCCAGAAUUACAGCUGGAUGACCUGGGUUCUCCGCAAAAGCCACUGCCUGCAGCCACCGAACCGAGCAAGAAUCAAGUUUCAAUGGCUCCUGCUCAGCCUCUACCCGAAGAUGUUACAACUAACGACGAGGCGCCUGUGCACCGUACUUCCUGGUUGUCGGCUCUCAGGGAAGCCGCUGACCGGCGUCGGGAGAGCAAACCAACCACCAGUCGCAAACGAGUUCACGAGGAACCUGAAGAACCCUCGCCACCGCAAAGCGAUAACGGCACUAAGGUGAUCAAGGCGCAAAAGCAAGAAGCGCCUCGCGUGCCCAGCCGAAAGUCGAUGGCACUCUCCUCUCUGAAGCCUUUGCCCAAGCUUCCGAUUCUGAAACAAAUCGAGUCGAUGACAACCCGGAAGCCAGCCGCGCCCUCUAAACCCCAGGAGCCAAGGUCUGUUCAAGUCGAUGAGGACGAGCUCCUCCUCUCUGCUGCCCGCAUUGCAGCCGAGUCAUUGAGAAGCGGUCCCCGGAUCUUGGACGGGUGGUCUGCCGCUUCUUACGAUGGGCGGGCGUCAUCCUUCAGCGGUAGAAGCAGCGCGUCGCCGUCUUUAGCAUUUUCGCGGAGCCAGUCACCCCAGUCAGGCCAGGUGAACGGGUACGAGAUCUCCCUGGCGCCCGAGACCAACCUAGGGCUAGGUCGUACCAUGUCUCGAACGGAGCAACGGAUCCGCAUGACCGGGGCUCACGGGCUAGCCUACAAACCUUUGGACUUUCCCCCUACCGACCGCAAACGGAAAACCCGUUGAGCCUGCUUAUGUCUGGUACGAUGGAGUCAUCCAUGGCCCCGUUCUCAUCUCAUUAUUCAAUCAUGCGCGCUUCUGCCCUGUAGGGUUUUCACGAAAGACCCUCGAUUAUCAUGCAUGUCAGGAGGAAAGGACUAUACUAUACCAUUGGAUGCAUACUUUUUUUUAUUCUCGCCACGGCGUUGGUUGGGCGAUAUUGUUCCCUCAUGUGCAUGAAGCUUGAGUUAUGUUUGGGGGUUUUUUUCGCUUCCAUAAUGCAGGGCGCUGGAAUCGUUCAUCUUUGGGCAUACAGAUUUAUAUGCAUUGUACAUAGCGCUUGCUGCAUUGAAUGCAUCUUACGCAUACGCAC